AUGAGCGCAUCGCUGGUGACACUCGCUAAUGUCCUCUCCUCCGACUGCACAUACUAUGCCGGGGACCCAGAUGUGCUGAGGAGCGAACGGUAUGUGGAGCGCAUCACGAAGCUGCUGCAGUCGGAGCAGGCGGACCUUCUCGUGGCGCGUGUCGCGAUUCACGCCCAACUGCGCGACGCCUUCAAGGACGAUGCGGUGCAGAAGGCGCUGAGGCCGUACCUCCGCGGCGACGAGUCGUUUCAGAGCCUCAUCGAAAACGCUAAGGCCCGCGCCCAGUUCUUCUCGCGCAAGCAUCAGGAGCUGCUCGCGGAGGUGAUGGCCAGCGAGGAGCAGGUGGCGUUGCGCGAGGCCCACCGUGAGUUAGCCGCGUGGGAGAAGGAAAACGCGGUGCUGCUGCGCCACCAGAUGUUCAUGUCUUACAAACCCUCCAUGACACUGCUGCUUGAGAGUGCAGCGACAAUCGCACUGUAUCGCCAGUAUGCCACACUCGAGGAGGGCGAGUAUACGAGCGAGAGCAGCAGCGGCGAGGUGCCGGCGCAACUACGCAAGAUGGGCGGCAAGCCGCUCUUCACCACGCAGGCAGCCAGCAAGCCCUUCAAGGUGGACGAGCACACCAAGAUGUACUCCCAGCAAGUCCUCCAGAACAAGCGUGUUGAGUACGAGGAGAAGCGGGCGCUCGUCGCACAACGCCGCAAGGCACUUGAGGAAUGCCCAUCGCUGCAGCGCCUUCAGAACUUCAUCAAUACGCGCAAUGAUAUCCUGCGCCAGUGCGGCAUCGAUCGCCUCGUAUCAUUCCGCGUGCGGCGUGACAAGGCCCUGGCAGAGCCGUUCGAAGGCGGUGAGGACGCCACAGUGCAUGGACUGCCCGACAGCAACGACAUUAUGAAGAGCCGCCGCGUGGCGCAAUACUCACUGCCGAAAAUUAUCGAGCAGUGUCACAAAAACUAUGUUAGCAUCCUCGCCACUGAUGACUGGGACAGCAUCUUGAAGAGCAAUGACCUCAGCAGCCGCGAAAUAAUACAGAUGCUGAAGCCGCUCAAGGACCUUGAGACAUUUCGCUAUUGGUUCCUCGCAAGCAUCACGGCGGAUGCCCCGCAGAUUGGGCCCAACAAGCUCGUAGGAAAGAAUGUCACCACCCUCGAUGAGUACAAAAAACUCUGGCAGCCGCAGAAGAGCAACUACGUUCCCUCCCUCAAUACGGCUAGCCGGCAGAGCUUCGCCAGGAAUGUGGCGGAGCGCCGCGGUUUUCCGCACAUCGUCGUACUUUCCCCCAUCACGUACACCUACAUGCAGAACAAUGAUCCUAACACAAUCGUAAAAGGAGAGUUGGACCUGAUGGUCUAUGACCAAACCAAUGAGAAGGUGUUGUUGAUGAUCGUCAACUCACAUGAUGACCGCCGCCCACGUGGUGCCUUCCUCCGUGGACAGGAAGAGCGUUAUCGUUUUGCCGCCGUGAUUCGCACCGCCAUCGCGAACGACAACGAGCUACACGGGUUCCAGUGUCAUGGCACCGUGGCGGAGUACUUCUUCGACCCCGAGAGCGGCUCCGAGGAGAACUACUACUGCAUCAUGGCACCUUCCAAGAUCUCGCAGAAGGUGGGGACGAUCAUCAAUGUGCCUUUAACGGCGCUGCGCCCCUUUACCUCGUGCCCGCCGCGUUACUUCCUGCUGGGCUCCAGCUGGGGCGUCAGCUCCGGCCACGCGAAGAACCCGUACGCCAUCUCUUACACACACGCCGAGCUCAACGAAGCCGCCAUCGCGCUGCAGCAGAACAUCUCGGAGGGCUUCAUCCAGAAGCACGUGAUGCCGCACCUGCUAACCCGCAAGGAGGGCCUUGCGAUCCUGGAGAAGGAGAAGCAGCAGCGUCUGCGUGAGCAGCGCGAGGCGUUGUCUGCGCACGGCACCCGCUCUCUCACGCAGACGCCGCGCGAAAGCAGCCGCACGCCAUGCCACACGACGACGUACACGAACGGUGCCGCCGCAGAGGACCCAGAAGAGCCGGAGGACGACGGCAUUCUACCCGAGGAGGAGGACCCGCUCAGCACCAUCGUGCCGGAGGACCCGCUGCGGCUCGUGCGUGAGACACUGCUGAGCAAGCGAUUCGUGCAGCCUGGUUUUCUUCAGCGGCGGUCGAAGGAUCUGCAGGUCAAGCAGCUGCCGGCGGUGAAGGACGGCAACAUGCGCACGCCACUCAUGGUGUUCCAUGACUUCAUGAAGACGAAGCACGGUGAGGAGGAGACACCGGCCAGCCAGCCGCAGAGUGCACGUGACCGCCGCAGCAGCACCACCAACAGUGCCUUGAAGAGCAGCCCGCGAGGCGCCACACGCGGCCCCGCCAACGUGACGUGGUUUUAG